AUGUAUAGCGAUAAUGAUUCUUCGGAGUCUACAGAUCGCCCUUUGAAAAUACACCCCACCCGUGACUCGCGGUCCACAUUUCGAGCCUCAACUUCUCGAUACGGCAUCUGCGAAAACCAACGUAUCGUUUCCAUCGAACAUAUCACCAUGGCUACAAUGACAGUCACGGAGACACACAAGAGGAGGAAGUUGCCAAAGGAUCUGAAGUUGCCACCUGAGAAUGAGCGGUACAUGCGCGCCUGCGCUGAUAUCGCCUCUGCGCUUAUCCAGGACUACGAAGCACAAGCCGAUGGUUCAAAGGCGAAGAAAGAUCUCAACUUGAAUCGGCUAAGGGGCGAAGUGUCAAAGAAGCAUUACCUGAAGAGCCAGCCGCCACUCACGGCGAUUAUUGCGGCGGUGCCAGAACACUACAAGAAAUAUAUCUUGCCAAAGUUGAUUGCGAAACCAAUCCGGACAUCAUCAGGUAUCGCAGUAGUGGCAGUCAUGUGCAAACCACACAGAUGUCCGCAUAUCGCUUACACAGGAAACAUAUGCGUCUACUGCCCGGGAGGGCCAGACUCAGAUUUUGAAUACUCAACACAGUCAUACACAGGCUACGAACCAACAUCUAUGCGUGCUAUUCGCGCAAGAUACGACCCGUAUGAGCAAGCCAGGGGACGGGUGGAUCAGAUCAAGUCGCUCGGCCAUAGUGUAGACAAGGUUGAGUACAUCAUCAUGGGUGGAACCUUCAUGUCACUGCCAGAGUCUUACCGGGACGAAUUCAUUAGUCAACUGCACAAUGCCCUUUCCGGGUAUCAAACAAAAGACGUGGAUGAGGCAGUUGCAGCAGGCGAAAUGAGUAAUAUCAAAUGUGUGGGCAUCACCAUCGAGACACGACCGGACUACUGUCUGGACCAACAUCUAUCCUCUAUGCUUCGGUAUGGCUGCACCCGUCUCGAAAUUGGCGUGCAAUCCCUCUACGAAGAUGUAGCUCGCGACACGAACCGUGGACACACUGUUGCCGCCGUUGCGAAAACUUUCUGCCUCUCAAAAGACGCAGGAUUCAAAGUAGUUUCACACAUGAUGCCUGAUUUGCCCAACGUAGGCAUGGAACGCGACCUCGACCAGUUCGUCGAGUACUUCUCCAACCCCGACUUCCGUACCGAUGGACUGAAGAUCUACCCCACGCUUGUCAUCCGCGGCACAGGUCUCUACGAACUCUGGAGGACAGGACGGUACAAGAACUACACACCCAAUGCACUCAUUGACAUUGUAGCGCGUAUCCUCGCUCUCGUACCACCAUGGACACGCAUCUACCGCGUACAGCGCGACAUCCCCAUGCCGCUCGUCACAUCGGGAGUGGAAAACGGCAACUUGCGCGAACUAGCACUCGCACGCAUGAAAGACUUUGGCACCUCGUGUCGAGAUGUGCGAACACGUGAAGUCGGCAUCAACGAAGUCAAGCACAAGAUCCGGCCUGACCAGGUCGAGCUCGUACGCAGAGACUACACGGCCAAUGGCGGCUGGGAGACGUUCCUGGCGUAUGAAGAUCCCAAGCAGGAUAUCCUCAUUGCCUUGCUGCGCUUGCGUCAGUGCUCCAAGGAGCAUACGUUUCGCCCGGAGUUGACGGGUCAGCCAACGUCACUGGUGCGCGAGUUGCAUGUCUAUGGCUCGGCGGUGCCGGUGCAUGCGAGGGAUCCCAAGAAGUUUCAGCAUCAGGGUUAUGGGACGCUGUUGAUGGAGGAGGCGGAGAGGAUAGCACGGGAAGAGCAUGGGAGCAGCAAGAUAAGUGUCAUCUCGGGGGUUGGGGUGAGGAGUUAUUAUGCUAAGCUGGGGUACUGGCUGGACGGGCCGUAUAUGAGUAAGACGCUGGAGCCACUGUGGGAAAGGGAGUGGUAG